GCAACUCGUCGCGUGCUUCUCUCAUACCAGACACCACGAUAUGUAGAAAUGGAGUCUCAUCGCGAAACACUCCGUGAACUCAAAGCCGACGUCCUGCGACCAUCCAAAUGGGUAUCGUCAUACGAGAACUUUGUGACCAAGAACGUCAAUACAGUGAAUCAGGUAGAAUCGGCGCUGCGGUCUCUUACAUAUAUAAUUCCUGGCCGAUUUCGAGAAUCCGAGCUACCCUCAGAAUGUGUCCACUCCGGCGUACAACUCCUAUCUCUAUACCAUGAUUCCCUCGUUUCGCGCGUCAUCUCUCAACUCCCCUCCACCAUCCCUCGUCCCAUCCCCUCCCCGCACACGCGAUACACAAAAUACUGGACGACCAAAUCCCCCUUUUAUCGCAAACUAGCCCUCACACUACAAAUCAUCCAAUACACCGAAUUACUAUGGGAAAUGACCGCGCGCCGUCGCGGCGAAAAGGUUCGAUGGCGGGUUAUUAUGAUCAUCGAGUUCGCAAAGGCUGUUUGUCGGUUGUUAUUGUUACGGUUGACGAAUUCGAGACCGCUGGUUAGUCCGCCAUUGCCGGAGAGGGAGACGGAUCCUCGUGCAGCGGAUGCGGAGAAGGAAGCGUCUGUAGGAGAUUGGAAUGGAAUGGAUACGGCGCCGGAAGAGGUGGCGUCGUCGUCGUCGUCUUCGGCUGAUAUUAGUUGGACUAUGCCUCGGACAGGUCUGACGUUACCUAGUCUACCAGACGCAAGCGAUAUAUCCAACUAUCUCAUUUCGAAAGUCCUCACAGCGGACGAUGUCAAGACUCCUCCGUCUCUGCUCCAUCGUGUCUCUGGACAAGGACAGUUUGCUGAGAUUCUCUAUAUCUUGAGACCGGUCAUAUAUGCGUUGGCAAUGCAGAGAUGGUCCAAGAAUAAGCGAAGCUGGAGUCCUUGGUUGAUCGGUUUCGCAUUGGAGUACGGAAGUCGACAACUCGCAAAGAGGGAUUUGGCCGAACGUGCUGCGGGCGGUCUGCGCGGAUUGACAGGCCUGGAAAGAGAUGAGUUGAAGAAGAGAGGAUGGGCGAUGGGAUGGUGGCUGAUGCGCGGUGCUUUCUAUGAGAAUUUUACCAGGCCGUGGAUUAGCGGUUUUGCCGACAGACUCAAGGGCAAGCCUCUUUUGGAUAUUGUUGGUACAUUAUUGGACGAUUACGAAUAUCUGUGGGAUAACUACUACUUUUCGACCGCGACUCUUUAGAUCUUGCUGUCCCUUUCGCUAUUAUACCUGUAUUUUGUAUUAAUGACUUUGAUUUUCGUCAGGCGUUCUUCCAGAUAUAUCAUACAUAAUCGUCAUAUCAAGCUAUUAUUCCAUUACUUCAAAAAGCAGUAACUCUCGUCCCGUACCAAUUCCCAACAUCAUCAGCCUUCCCCGUCGUCCCAGACACGUGGUUCCCCGAGAGAAAAUCAGCGAGUCCAGCUCCCUCAUCUUCAUCAGCAGGCCAAUCCACUCUGACAGCAUCCUUGCCAUCAAGCAUCUCCUUCGCAGUUCCCCAGCUGAACCUGCAUUCAUUUCCCCAGCCAAAUACAGAGUCCAUAUUCUGUCGUAGCCAAUUGACGCAUUUCGAGUCGGAGGGGUAGCCACUUCCCCACCCUAAUUCUUCUACUUUCGAUACAGAAGGUGGUAUUGUCUCGGAUGAUUCCAUCAUAUUUGUGUCUCCAUCGACAGUCUUCUGGCUUGGUUCUUGAUAGAAAGCCCUAUAGCAACUCUCCAAUGCAACAUCUCUCGUCACUUUGGCAACAACACUAGCCGCACUGACACACGGAUACAACGAAUCCGCCUUCUUAGCAACCGUUAUACUCAACGUCGGAAACAGUCGUUGCAAUUUCGCCUGAUACGUUGCCGGGUUUCCAAUCGUAUCGAUAUAUAUCUCCGUCACAUUAAUAUGCUUAUCAUUCAACACGCCCCGUAUAAUCUCAACCGUAGCAUCCAUAGCCUGCGCAUUUAGAUUGUAUAUCCCCAUACCAGGUCUCAUCAUACCAGCUGAUAUAUCCCGUGCCGAGAGUAACUUCACAGCCCAUCCGCAUGAAUCAUGCAAAGACUGACCAGGCGUACAUAUCGACUGCAUCAAUUGCGCACGCACAACAGGCGUAAGCACUUUACUAUCGUCAAAACUGUGUUCCUGCGUAAGGAGCGAUUGUUCGAGGUCUUUCGGUAAGUAGAAUGCACUAUAGACCAUGGGACCGAGAACGGGGCCGCGGCCGGCUUCGUCGACACCCAGGACGCAUUCUGUGGGUUUGUUCGUGUCGUCUGUUGUUAUGGCUGUUGGGUUUAUGGGUUGUAUUGCUUGGGGACAAGGGGAGUAGACUGUGUAUGAUUGUCCUUGUAGGAGAGGAGUAGGGUUGAUGGUUGGCGGGAUGAAGGAUAGAGCUCCGGUCGUGUCUUCAAAGGCAUUAUUAUUGUUUCUGGAUUUGUUUUUAUUGCUUGUUCGUGCCAUUUUAUAUGUU